AGAAUAUUCUGACAUAUGCCACAAGAUGACUAGCCACACAGCGGUUGAUGUGCAUGUCUAAUAUAAGAGACCAAGCAGAAGUGAAAAAGCAGGCAGGAAACUCAUAGCUGGUUAAUGUGUGGCAGUAAAAUUACCACUUCUUAAAAACUGCUCUAAGGCUUAUACUGCAUUUUAAAGCAUCCACAGUCACACUGAGCCAUACAAGCCUCUUCAUAUAACAAUCUCGGAACAAACCAGUAACAUUCUGAAAAGAUGUCUUGCAGGACAAUGAUAACUCCCAGAACAGUUUUUUUCAUGUGCUUUGCCUUAUUCUUGGCAUGUGCUAACUCGAAUGCUGACAUGCCAAAAACUGGUAAUGAAACAAUCAAUAAAACAAAUGGAAGUACUUCCACCAAACCAAUAUCAAACCAAACUACAAACACCACAUCUCAAGGAUCUGGAACAUCAUCAAAUAAAAAUAACAGUACAUCAAACCCUAAUGAAAACUAUAAAGGAAAGUGCAUUUUCGCUCUGCCAGAGGACAUGCUGGUACUGGUUCUAGUUGCCAUCACAGUGGCUUGCUUUGUACUGCUGCUGACCACACUGAUGUGUGCCUGCCAGAUUUGCAACCUGAGAGGAAUAAUCUCCAGGCUCGAGCCUCAUCGUAGCAAUGUAGACCUGCAUACCUUCAGAGAGAGGAGAGAAUCACUAAGCAAGAACAAAGAACAAGGGCAGCCAACUGAGACCUGCAUCAUGUUAUCAGAGGUCACCACAGCACAAGAGGAGAGAAGAGAGGAUGAGGACAGAGUUCUGGAGGACAAGACGGAGGAAAAAGGAGAAACCGAGCAGCCCAGUUCUGAGCCAUUUGCAAAGGGCCCAAACGGUAACGUCACCCAGGAGAACAGCGCUGGAGUCGAGAUUAAAGAUGAAGUAGCACCAGAGAGCAAAGGCACAGUGUGAUCAGGACCACAAUCUGUUGUCACACAGCUCCACUUAGUGGCAUUUAAAGUCUUCACCUGCUUUAUUUAAGGGAUAGUUCACCUAAAGAUAAUUUACUAAACUUCAUGUUGUUAAAAUAAACGACUGAGUUUCGAUCUUCCAUAGAACAUAAAAACAGAUGUUAGGCAGUUUGUUAGUCUUAGUCACUAUUCACUUUCAUUGCAAUUGUUUUUUUCUUCUGUACAUUGAAAAUUAAAGGUGACUAAAGUUGUCAUUCUGCCAGGCCUCUCCUUUGUGUUCGACAGGUUUGGAACAAUAUGAGGCUAAGUAAAUGAUGACAGAAUUAUUUUUGUGUAAAAAUUAUUUAAAUGUUAAAGCUUUGCAAGUCUUCUGUACAGGACGCAAGAGGAAGGUUUCUAAUCUACGAGUAUGGUUCAAAGACUGCAGUGAUAUGUCAUGAAAAAUGACACGAAGACCAACUGUUAGAACUGAAAGUAUUGAAAAUAAGCAGCUGUUGCUUUCAACAUAAAUUUUCUUUGUUAAGAGCUAUAAAAAGUUUCUGUUUGACUGUUUCUGGAGCCAAAAUUGUGCAUUUAUGCUGUCUUCUGUAUUUUAAAUCUUUAUUCUUUUAUAUUUGAGAAUAAAAUGUU